AUGGGGAAUGCAGGGCACCGUCGCUUAGCAAAUAUCCCGCCGCAAUUACCUCACCUUACCCUGAAAGUCCAGAGGUGCUCCUGCCUUAUCGGCGGUGUUGCCCCCCUGCAGCGCCUGCACUGUGCGAGCUUAUCUAAGGCUGAAGCGCCAAACCAUCCGUCGCUCUUUCCGCUGAAUGGCCUAGACCCGCACUUGACCUUUAACCGCCACCAACCUAACAACACCACAACCACGACGGGCAAGUCCAAGGACCUCGCCUCUUCCUUGUGCUCCGAAGCGCCCUCGGAUUUUCUUCCUUCUUCCACAUCUCGAUCACACCAACAGCUUCCACGGGAUGGUCGCUUCACCAUUGUGCCCGUCGUAGGAGGUUCACUUCUACUUUACGUCUCCCGAUACGACCCGACCUUCACGACUACGACUUUCCUCCCGCACGCAAGACACCUACCCGAGGAACAGACGCUCUGUUUCUCCACCAUCUUCUCCAUCGACGACGUCUUCUUCGGCUCGGCUCUCUACGAUUCCACUUUCUCCCUCAAUAUCAGCUUCUCCAUCGACUGCGUCCUCUCCGUCUCGGCUCUCUACGAUUCCACCUUCUCCCUCAAUAUCAGCUUCUCCAUCGACUGCGUCCUCUCCGUCUCGGCUCUCUACGAUUCCGCUUUCUCCCUCGAACUUUACGACGAUAGCGACAUCGAGGCCGCCUACCAAGGCUACAUUCCCGAAUCCUCCUCCGACGUGGUCGAUCACCGCUCAAGCAUAUUCGACUCCGAAGCCGAUGCGCAGGUGGAUUGGGACCCUGAGUCUGAUUCACAAUCACAGGCACAGCCUUCAGAGUCCGAUUCAGAGUCCUUGAUGUCACUCGAGAUUGACCCUCACGAUCCGCUAUUUAACGACUCGGACCCUUUCUCUCCCGAUCUUGCCGACGAGCUUGAGCUUGCGCUUCUUGCCGAGAUGGAUCAGUUGCCACAGCUCCGCGAACAAAGGAUGCCACCUGGAGGUGGCCGAGAUGAAAGCAUGCGAGGGCAACGUGGAGGCGGUGCCGCCCUUCAUAAUGGCUCAGGCGAUGUUCUUGUGGAUCUGGAGCUGUACUUCGAACAGGAUAGAAACGAGAGGAGACCUCAAAACAACCAAAACGGCCCUGCCGAUGUCAUCGACCUGACCAACGAACCCGACAGCCCUAUCCAGAGACAUGCUCCUCGACCUCCCACGAAUCCCAGAAGACAACAUUCCCAAGGCAGGAACCCGCCGUCUUUCUCGCGGAGUGACAGUAGCAUUCUCGCCGGCAAUGCACCACCCGUCAUCGACCUCACCGACGACUCACCCGAAGUUCCGAGAAGACGUACGCAUGUACCGCCGCCUCCACAGCCACCUCGUCAGCGCGAUCGCAGUCGACAGCCGGUCGGAUUCAUGCUGAACCCGAACGGAAGUGCAUUCAGUGGGCUAGCAGCCGGGUUAAGGCGCCACCUGUAUCCUUUCAGGCUCUACCCUGGUCCUGAGGACGAGGUACAGCUGCUCGGCAUGUUGCACAAUCGUAUUAAUCAAGGAGGAGACCUGAACAACCCCCUUGGCAAUAUCCAACUUCAAUACGAGCACGGCGCUUUCGAUCAACGCGCCGAAUCACCUAAACCAGUCCACCAAGCUCCGCCUCCCCCUAGACCUGGAUAUACGAGGGACACCGCCUCCGAUUUAGUUGUGAUUUGUCCAGCAUGCAACGAGGAACUGGCUUACGACCCUGACGUGCCUGUCAACGGGAAGCAAUCUGCGCGGAAGGGCAACAAGCGCCAGCGCAGUGAACAUCACUUUUGGGCCUUGAAGGGUUGCGGACAUGUUUACUGCGAAGACUGCUACGAGAAUCGCAAGCCGGUAGCUAAGCGCCCGAAUACCGGAUUUGGGCGCGACGAUGAAAGCAAACUCACCUGUGCAGUCGAUGGUUGCGAGACACAGGCUACGAACAAGACAGCCUGGGUCGGAAUCUAUCUUUGA